GUGGGGACCCGGGCUGGGGACCGGGGCUGGGCGGCCGGUCCACGGCCCGCGGAAAGCAGGCGCCGCCCGCUCAGUCAGUCCCCUUUGGGCAGGGAAGGGGGGAUCGAGGUCCCCAGCCCCUGGCGGCCGCUCCGCUCCGCUCCGUCCCGCCCCUGGGCCAUGUCCCCUGCCUCUGUGCUCGGCCGCGGGCGGGGACUUGAUCCCUUGAGCUGAGCGCUAGACCGCGUUGACUUUUCUGCCCCCAACAACUGAACCAUGCCAUGUGCCCGGAGGAGCUGGCUUGCAAGGCUCUCCGUUGUAGCUCACCUCCUUAACUUUGGGGCCCUUUGCCAUGGGACACAGGCUCAGCCCGGCCCGGUGCACUUCCCGGACAGGAGGCAAGAGCAUUUCAUCAAGGCCCUGCCCGAAUACCACGUGGUGGCCCCCGUCCGGGUAGACGCCAGCGGGCGGUUUCUGUCCUAUGGCUUGCACCCUCCCAUCACCAGCAACCGGAGGAGGAGAGAUUUGGCUGGCCCGGAGGAUCGGGCCUAUUACAGGAUUUCACACGAGGACAAGGACCUGUUCUUUAACUUGUCAGUCACUCAGGGAUUUCUUUCCGAAAGCUAUAUCUUGGAGAGGAGACACGGGAACCUGUCCCACGUGGAGAUGGUGGCUUCCUCGGCGCCCCCCUGCCACCUGACGGGCACGGUUCUGCAACAGGGCACCAGGAUGGGGACUGCCGCACUCAGCGCCUGCCAGGGACUGACUGGGUUUUUCCAUCUACCACAUGGAGACUUCUUCAUUGAGCCCGUCAAAAAGCAUCCAGUGGCUGAGGGAGAGUACCACCCACACAUCAUUUACAGGAGGCUGAGGCAGAGAGUUCCAGAACAGAAGGAACCAACAUGUGGAUUAAAGGACGGCCUUGCCACCUCCCAGAAGCUGGAGCGACAGCGGGAGAAGUGGGAGAGGAACCACUGGCCCAGGAAAGGUCUGUCUCGGCGUUCCAUCAGCAAAGAGCGAUGGGUGGAGACGCUGGUGGUGGCUGACACGAAGAUGAUCGAGUAUCAUGGGAGUGACAAUGUGGAGUCCUAUAUCCUCACCAUCAUGAACAUGGUCACUGGGUUGUUCCAUAACCCAAGCAUUGGCAAUGCAAUUCACAUUGUUGUGGUUCGGCUCAUUCUCCUUGAAGAAGAGGAGCAAGGAUUGAAAAUAGUUCACCAUGCGGAGAAGACACUGUCCAGCUUCUGUAAGUGGCAGAAGAGCAUCAAUCCAAAGAGUGACCUCAACCCUGCCCAUCAUGAUGUGGCUGUCCUCCUCACCAGAAAAGAUAUCUGUGCUGGUGUCAAUCGCCCCUGUGAGACUCUAGGUCUGUCCCACCUGUCAGGAAUGUGCCAGCCUCACCGGAGUUGUAACAUCAAUGAAGACUCUGGACUCCCUCUGGCUUUCACAAUUGCCCAUGAGCUCGGACACAGCUUCAGCAUCCAGCACGAUGGGAAAGAAAACGACUGUGAGCCUGUGGGCAGGCACCCAUACAUCAUGUCCCGCCAGCUCCAGUACAAUCCCACCCCACUGACGUGGUCCCAGUGCAGCAAGGAGUAUAUCACCCGCUUCCUGGACCGGGGCUGGGGGUUCUGUCUUGAUGACACCCCCCAAAAGAAAGGCUUGAAGUCCAAAGUCAUUGCCCCUGGAGUGAUCUACGAUGUUCACCAUCAAUGCCAGCUGCAGUAUGGCCCCAAUGCCACCUUCUGCCAGGAAGUAGAAAAUGUCUGCCAGACCCUGUGGUGCUCAGUGAAAGGCUUUUGUCGCUCUAAGCUGGACGCUGCUGCAGAUGGGACGCGAUGUGGUGAGAAGAAGUGGUGUAUGGCUGGCAAGUGUAUCACAGUGGGGAAGAAACCAGAGAGCAUUCCUGGGGGCUGGGGCCGCUGGUCACCCUGGUCCCACUGUUCCAGGACCUGUGGGGCCGGAGCCCAGAGUGCAGAGAGGCUCUGCAACAAUCCUGAACCAAAGUUUGGAGGGAAGUACUGCACCGGAGAAAGGAAGCGCUAUCGCUUGUGCAAUGUCCACCCCUGCCGCCCAGACACACCAACCUUCCGGCAGAUGCAGUGCAGUGAGUUUGACACCGUCCCCUACAAGAACGCCUUCUACCGCUGGUUUCCAGUUUUUAAUCCAGCACAUCCUUGUGAGCUCUACUGCCGACCCAUAGAUGGCCAGUUUUCCGAGAAAAUGCUGGAUGCUGUCAUUGAUGGUACCCCUUGCUUUGAAGGUGGCAACAGCAGAAAUGUCUGUAUUAAUGGCAUAUGUAAGAUGGUCGGCUGUGACUAUGAGAUUGGCUCCAACGCCACGGAGGAUCGCUGCGGUGUGUGCCUGGGGGACGGCUCGGCCUGCCAGACCGUGAAGAAGAUGUUUAAACAGAAAGAAGGAUCUGGUUAUGUUGACAUUGGGCUGAUUCCAAAAGGAGCAAGGGACAUACGGGUAAUGGAGGUUGAGGGAGCUGGAAACUUUUUGGCCAUCAGGAGUGAAGAUCCCAAAAAGUAUUACCUCAAUGGAGGUUUUAUUAUCCAGUGGAACGGGAACUACAAGCUGGCAGGGACCAUCUUCCAAUACGACAGGAAAGGGGACCUAGAGAAACUGAUGGCCACAGGCCCCACCAAUGAGUCAGUGUGGAUCCAGCUUCUGUUCCAAGUGACCAACCCUGGCAUCAAGUAUGAGUACACAAUCCGGAAAGAUGGCCUUGACAAUGACGUGAACAAACUGGUGUACUUCUGGCAGUAUGGCCGCUGGACAGAGUGCAGUGUAACGUGCGGGACAGGUAUUCGCCGCCAGACUGCCUAUUGUGUGAAGAAAGGCCACGGGAUGGUGAAAGCUACAUUUUGUGACCCAGAAACACAGCCCAACGGGAGACAGAAGAAGUGCCAUGAAAAGGAUUGUCCACCCAGGUGGUGGGCAGGGGAGUGGGAAGCAUGCUCAGCAUCGUGUGGGCCCCAUGGAGAGAAGAAGCGAACAGUGCUAUGCAUCCAGACCAUGGGCUCUGAUGAGCAGGCCCUCCCAGCUAAAGACUGCCAGCACCUGCUGAAGCCCAAGACCCUCAUUUCCUGCAACAGAGACAUCUUGUGUCCGUCAGACUGGACCGUGGGCAACUGGAGUGAGUGUUCCGUGUCCUGCGGUGGUGGAGUGCGGAUCCGCAGCGUCACGUGUGCCAAGAACCAUGAUGAACCUUGCGAUGUGACCAGGAAACCCAACAGCCGAGCCCUCUGUGGGCUCCAGCAGUGCCCGUCCAGCCGCAGAGUCCUGAAGCCCAACAAAGGCGCGAUUUCCAGUGGGACAAAGCCGCCGGCAUCCCAGCCGGAGCCCCCGAAGGCCACCCCGAAGCCCAUCCCGAAGGUUACCCGGAAGGCCACCCCGGAGCCCAUCCCAAAGCCCAUUCCGAAGGUUACCCCGAAGGCCACCCCGGAGCCCAUCCCGAAGGCCACCCCGGCGCCCAUCCCGAAGGUCACCCCGAAGCCCACCCCAGAGCCCACCCCGGAGCCCAUCCCCAAGGCCACCCCGGAGCCCGUCCCUCCGACUCCUCGCAGCCCCAGGUCGCCGUCCACACCGCCGGGGCCCGAGUCCCUGAGCACGAGCGCCCGGGCGGCGCGCAGCCCGCCUCCCCCCACGGCCCCCGGGGGCGCCCGGCCCCCCCUCGCGUCCGGCCCGAGCAUCCAGCCCUCGGGUCCCUCCUCCGCGGGAGACUUUCCCGCCGCGACAGUGGGCGGCUCCCGUUGGCCGCGGCCCGGCGCGCCUGCGUGGGGGCAGGUGACCCCCUCCUACGGCCCCUCGACCAAAGAGGCAGGAGGGGACGCUCACAGCGGCUCCGGGGAAGGCGGCGAACAGUCAGAGAACAGAAGUGAACACGACUCGGUCGCCUGGACCCAAACCCGAGCUCCCGCAGAGGAUGCGCCGGGGGCGCCGGGGGCGGAGAUGCCCCUUGGGGCGCCCCCAACGCCCUCCCUCGGGGCGGCGUCCCCGCGGGCCCCGUCCGGCCCCGACCCAGGGCCCGCUCCGCCGCCCGCCGAGGGGCCGGGCCCCGGGAGGCCAGCGCGCCCCGCCGCGCCCCCCGCAGGACCCGGGCCAGCGCUCCCCGGCCGCGCGGCCCCCCGCAGCGCCCCCCCGCCGCGGAGCCCGGGGCCCGGCCUGGCCGAGGCCGACGCGGAGGCCCUGAUCGCCGAGGGCUUCUUGCUCAACGCGUCCGAUUACCAGCGGCUCCCGCCGGGCGGCCGCUCCGCGCACUGGAUUGCGGGGAACUGGAGUGAGUGCUCCACCACCUGCGGCCUGGGGGCCUACUGGAGAAGCGUGCAAUGUAGCACCCAUGUGGACUCUGACUGCGCCACCAUCCAGAAGCCUGACCCCGCUAAGAGAUGCCACCUCCGUCCCUGUGCCAGCUGGCAAGUGGGGAACUGGAGCAAGUGCUCCAGAAACUGCAGCGGGGGCUUCCAGAUCCGGGAGAUUCAGUGUGUGGACAGCCGGGAUCACCAGAGCCUGAGGCCAUUUCACUGCCAGUUCCUGGCUGGCAUUCCUCCCCCACUGAGCAGGAGCUGUAACGUGGAGCCCUGUGAGGAGUGGCAGGUGGAGCCCUGGAGCCAGUGUUCCAGAUCCUGCGGAGGCGGAGUUCAGGAGCGAGCGGUGACUUGUCUGGGAGGUCUCUGUGACUGGACAAAAAGGCCCACGCCCACUGCGCCCUGCAACAGCCAGCCUUGCUGUCACUGGGCCACUGGGAACUGGGACCUGUGCACUGCUUCCUGUGGAGGUGGCUUUCAGAAGAGGACUGUUCAUUGUGUCUCCUCAGAGGACAAUGCAACUGAAGACAGAUGCCGGUGUGAUCACGAACCCAGACCUCCGGAAUUCCAAAAAUGCGGCCAGCAGGCCUGUGAGAAGAGUCCUGAUUUACUUUGCACCAAGGACAACUUAUCAGCCAGUUUCUGCCAAACACUAAAAUCCAUGAAGAAAUGCUCUGUGCCCACUGUGAGGGCUCAGUGCUGCCUCUCCUGUUCCCAGACCCGCAUCGUCCACACCCGAAGGCCAAGAAAGCCACAGUCGCUCAAAAACCCCAAAGGAUUCUAAGUCUGAAGGAAGUCACCCCGCACCACGGAAUGCAGCAGCCCACUGACUGACUCUCCCACGUUAUAGCCCCAGGGACCACUUCACUGAGGUUUUUUGGGCCCAACUUUGGCUGAAAACAAAAUUCACUGUGUUUUUUAGUCACAAAAUGCCCUUGUAAAAGGCAUGGGACUGAAGUGCCUGCUGCUCCUUGAUAGGCAGGUGAGAUAUCCAGGAGGUUCAGGCAACUCCUGGGAUGGGCUCCUGGGGAAAGGUGCCAAAUUAGGUAAGUCAGUGACAUGAUGUCUUUUCCCCCUUAAAAAUAAAAACAAAGGCACCAGAUUUUUCCCAGACUGCCUCAGGAGUAUCAGGAACUAGAACCACAUGUAUCCAGGGAACAAAUAAUUGUAUCCAUUUACCUUUGUGAAAUCAUCCUUUUUUUCCCUCCCUACUUGAGGAAGCUGCUGUUUCAUAUGUCAAUGUCAUGGGAAAGCUUUCAGGAACAUUCCUUUAAUUCCCCCAGGCAGAGGGCCACUUUCUUCAGCCAGUACUCAACUGGGGCAGGGAGAGAGAGUGCUGGCUAUAUCACUCAGUCCCUAUAGAUGCGGUAUCUGGACUGUUUAGAUUCCUGUGCCUACUUAGAGACACAAGAAUAAGAGGAAAUCAUCAGAAGCUGUAGGAUUUAGUAAGGGUAAGGGAUUUAGCUUAAUUACAUGGAAGACAUUUAUGACUCAAGGAUAAUUUCCUUGAAAAACUCUUAAAGAGGAAAUGAAUAGAAAUCAGUUUCUUCUGGUAUAAGAAAAGAAACAUGAACCUUUAUUCUUCCCAGUUUCCUGCCAAAUACCUUUCCUUUGGAGAAGAACAGAUGAGUCUUCCUGUCUGACUUUUCCUCUCCAGCAUGUUCCCUGCCUGAGUCAACUCAGAGGUCCAACUGUCUUUCCACUGCUGGGCGUUUACACAAACAGCUGCCAUAGCCAGGUCCGUGGCUACAAUACCUCCCCACCUACCCCUAGGAUGGGAAUGGAGCUCAAGAUUUAAAUAUUUCAGAGGACCAGGUAAAAUUCAUUAAGUACAAGAACUUGAUACAAACUUCUAGUCUUGAGAAAGAAAAAAAAAACAACUCAAAAGUGAGAUAAACAUGACCUACUCCCCAGUACUCCCAAUAGUUACUUUUGAAGGGG